AUGGCCGAGAAGAGCAAAAUGAUGGUGAUCGGAGGCACUAGAUACAUUGGAAAGUUCGUCAUGAAGGUGAGUGCUAAGUCCGGUCACCCUACCUUCGCUCUCAUGAGGGAGUCCGCUCUCUCCGACCCCACCAAGGCUUGCAUCAUCGAAGAUUUCAAGAGCUCAAACAUCAAUAUAUUCCAGGUGAGUAGUUAUUCACAUGCGGUUGUGUUCGUUCGCCACAUGAUUGUUGCUGCCAUUAAAGCAGCUGGGAAUAUCAAGAGAUUCUUGCCUUCAGAGUUUCGAAAUGAUGUGGAUCGCGUCUAUUCUGUGGAGCCAGCAAAAGCUAUUCUUGCCUUCAAGGGCAAGAUCCGCCGCAUUGUCGACGUCAAGGGAAUCCCUCAUACCUAUGUGUGUUGUAAUAGUUUUGCGGGCUACAUCCUUCUAACAUUGGCACAACUUGGGGCUACAACUCCACCUAGAGAUAAAGUUUUUAUCUCAGGAGAUGAAAUGUAA